UUAGGAAGUAUCCCACCCCCCCAUGUUCCUCUGUCUUGAGUUCAUUCACUAUGUUGGGCGUUUAGAUGAAGGAGGCUCUCUGCACCACUAAAACUUUCUAAUGAACUCCGCCAAAAACUUUUGACAGAGAGCAAAUUUUUUACAUUUUUUUUUCUCCACUCCACACUUUGAUCUGCUUUUUUUUUUGCUGAAAAAAGGAACUUCAGAAGAUGGAGCCCAGUUCCACAGAGGGAGGAGGUGAGGAGACCCCGCUCCCUAAAAGUCCGCCUCCCAAGGUGCUCCUCAAGCACGGCCAGGAGCUGGAGGAGGAGCAGGAGGAGCUGGCCGAGCACCGGCCUCUGGAGCAGGAGGACCUCAACUUCGAGCGCUGGAAGCGCCGGCCCCUGCCCCGCCGGACGCUGCACCAGAAGAUCGGGGACCUGAAGACGUACCUGUGGAACGCCGAGACCAAGGAGUUCAUGGGCCGCUCGGGGAAGAGCUGGAGCCUCAUCCUUCUCUUCUACGCCGCACUUUACGUCUUCCUGGCGGCCAUGUUUGGCGGCUGUUUGUUCUGCCUCAUGUGGUCCAUUAGUCCGUACCAUCCCACCUACAACGACAGAGUGAUGCCACCAGGUAUGACCAUGGCGCCACACUCGGAAGGCCACGAUAUCGCCUUCAACGCCUCCGACCGCAAAUCGUGGAAGAAGUACGCCAGAUCGAUGGAUGAUUAUCUAAAACAUUACAACGACGGCGCGCAGGAGAGGAAGAAUAUCCGCUGCACGCAUAACAGGUACUUCAUGCAGGAGGACUUGGAGGACGACGCCGAGAGGAAAGCGUGCCAGUUCAAGAGGUCCUGGCUGGGGGACUGCUCGGGCUUGCAGGACCCCCAUUAUGGUUACUCGCAGGGGAGACCUUGUGUCCUCCUGCGAAUGAACCGGAUUCUUGGAUACCUGCCUGGCCAAGGGAAACCAAUUAAUGUGACUUGCGGAGUGAAGAAAGGACCACCAGAGGCUUUGGGAGAGGUCAAGUUUUUCCCCAAGAAUAUUUUUGACCUGAAGUACUACCCUUACUAUGGGAAACUCAGACAUGUGAACUACUCGUCCCCGGUGGUGGCAGUGCGCUUCGCCAGUGUGCAGUAUGGGGCUCACAUCCAAGUGCAGUGCAAACUCAAUGGCAAGGGCAUCAUCAACGACUCGCCCACCGACCGCCACCUCGGCAGCGUCACCUUCUCCCUGGAGGUGGGCGCCUAAGCACCUGCAGGAUGGCGGGUUAUUAUUAUUUUUUACACGUAAUUCCUUGUUAUUCUCUCCAGACAUUCACUGUACAAGCACAACUACACCCAGUUGCUCACGUCUUCUUCAUCAUUAGGACAUUUAAUCAAACUAAAAUAGAUUAUUUCUUUUUGCCUUGGCUAUGCAAAUGAAAUUAAAACUUAAUUCUUGGUGCACAUAAAGUAUGUUAGAAUAUGGUUUUGUGUGACAGUGCACUAAUUUGUUGCGCAUGUGUUUUUAAAAACAUGUAUAUUUGAAGGAAUAUCAUGCAAAUGAAUGCACUGUACUUACACAAUAAAAAGAGAAAAAUCUU